GCCUUCAAGCGCAGCGGCAGAGAGCAGCAAGGUUGAAGCUGAAGGGAGCCAAACAGAAAGUCUUGCUUUGGAUGACCUGAAGCAGAAGGUGAAAACCUUGACAGAGGCCUUGUCUGCCCUAGAAGACUCCCAGGGAGGCUUGGCGGAUGAGGUCAAGAGCUUAGCAGAAGCUCUGGAGAAAAACCAGGUAUCGGCGCUGGCUGAUGUGCAAUCUCUCCGAAGACUAGUCGAGGAAGGAGAAACGCCAAAGGUGACCAGAUUGGUGGAGGAAGUGGAAGCCUUACGUCGAAACGUCGAAGAAGGAGAGCCUGCCCAAAAGGUGCAGAGUCUAGACAGCUCAGUGAAGGAUCUGCAGGAAAUCCAACAAGACUUGAAGACGAAGGCAGGGUCUUUUGCCUUGUCAAGACCACUCAAGGAGCUACGUUGGUAA